CCGCCGCCCGCAGUCCACGACGCCUCAGCGCAGUCUCCUCGCUUGCUCCCGUGUGCGCGCAGGUGCCUCCUCCAGGACGGCGGCAGCGGCGGCGCGAGGAGCCGGCGGGCAGCGGCGCGAUGGGUCCCCUCCGGGAGAUCAAGAAGGAGCAGAGAGUGCAGCAUCAUGAGAAGGAGGUGUCCCGGAGCCGAAUUCCUCGGUUGAUUCUGCGGCCCCAUCUGCCCCAGCAACAGCACAAGGUGUCCCCAGCCUCUGAGUCCCCCUUCUCUGAAGAAGAGAGCAGAGAGUUCAACCCCAGCAGCUCUGGGCGCUCAGCAAGGACUGUUAGCAGCAACAGCUUCUGCUCAGAUGACACAGGCUGUCCUAGUAGCCAGUCAGUAUCUCCAGUGAAGACGCCCUCGGACACAGGAAACAGCCCCAUUGGCUUUUGCCCUGGGAGUGAUGAGGACUUUACCAGAAAGAAGUGCACAACUGGAGUGGCUGGUGAAGGAGGCGUCCAGUCAGCUCGCUACAAGAAAGAGUCAAAGUCGGGCCUUGUAAAGCCAGGUAGUGAAGCUGACUUUAGCUCCUCGAGCAGCACGGGCAGCAUUUCCGCUCCUGAGGUCCACAUGUCUACAGCGGGAAGCAAGCGGUCCUCCUUUGCACGCAAUCGGGGUCCUCAUGGUCGGAGUAAUGGUGUCUCGUCACACAAGUCUGGCAGCAGCCCGCCAUCCCCACGGGAAAAGGACCUCCUGUCCAUGCUGUGCAGGAACCAGCUGAGCCCUGUGAAUAUCCAUCCCAGUUAUGCGCCCUCCUCCCCAAGUAGCAGCAACUCAGGUUCCUACAAGGGAAGUGACUGCAGCCCAGUCAUGAGGCGGUCUGGCAGGUACAUGUCGUGUGGAGAGAAUCACGGUGUCAAGCCCCCAAAUCCAGAGCAGUAUUUGACUCCUCUGCAGCAGAAGGAGGUUACAGUGAGGCACCUGAAGACCAAGCUGAAGGAGUCUGAGCGCCGGCUUCAUGACAGGGAAAGUGAAAUUGUGGAGCUAAAGUCCCAGUUGGCCCGCAUGAGAGAAGACUGGAUUGAGGAAGAGUGUCACCGGGUGGAGGCCCAGCUGGCACUCAAGGAGGCCAGGAAGGAGAUUAAACAGCUCAAACAGGUCAUCGAGACCAUGAGGAGCAGCUUGGCUGAUAAAGAUAAAGGCAUUCAGAAGUAUUUUGUGGAUAUAAACAUUCAAAACAGGAAGUUGGAGUCUCUGCUUCAGAGCAUGGAGAUGGCGCACAACGGCUCCCUGAGGGAUGAGCUCUGUCUAGACUUGCCCUGUGUUUCCCCCGAGAAGAGCUUACCCCUCAGCACCCCUCUUGACAAGAUGGCAGACGGGUCUUCUCCAGAUGAGCCACUCACAGAGGAAGGAGCUGACAGUGAGCUGUUGCUGGUGGGAGAUGGUGUGGUCGACGGUUCAGGCUUGUUCCAUGAGAUGGUGACAGCCACCACCACAGAGUCUGGUGACCUGGAGCUUAUUCACUCCAGCCCUGAGGACGAAGUGCUUGCCAUCCUCCCCGUGGCUAUGGGUCAGGAGGAGGGCAGCGUGGUGGUGGAGCAAGCCGUGCAGACCGAUGUGGUGCCCUACAGCCCGGCAGUCUCAGAGCUCAUUCAGAAUGUGCUGAAGCUCCAGGACCCCUGUUGCUCCAGCUCAGCAUCUCCUGAAGAGUCUGGAGCUGACUCGACGGAGAGCUUCCCCGAGUACAUCUCUGCCUUAAUGGUUGAUUUAACCCCAAGAAAUCCGAACUCAGCCAUUCUUCUGUCUCCUGUGGAGACCCCAUACCCCACGGUGGGUAUGGAAGUGCAUGCAAACCGCCUCAUGAGAGAGCUGGAUUUCGCAGCCUACACGGAAGAAAGGUUGGAUGUUAUCACACCACUGUCUCGAAGGGGUGUUGUGGGGCAGUACUGGAGCAGCAGCUUCCUAGUGGAUCUCCUGGCCGUGGCUGCCCCCGUGGUCCCCACGGUCCUGUGGGCAUUCAGUACUCAGAGAGGGGGAACAGAUCCCAUCUACAACAUUGGAGCCUUGCUCCGUGGCUGCUGCGUGGUUGCCCUGCAUUCGCUCCGUCGCACUGCCUUCCACAUCAAAACCUAAAUAGAAGUUGUUACCCUGUGCCAAUGUGUCCGCGUGGCGUUAUGCCAGGUAGAGAAACAGCAGACCGAUCUGUGGCAGUCUCUAUUCUGUUGUUUUGCUCCUCGGUAUUUGAUUUGCACUAUAGUUAGUUAAGCCUGUUCACUGUUUAAAACCGGAGGUAUCUUCUAAGGCAUGGAGCCCUGGUUCCAGUAAAACGUCCCACCAAUGUGGUAUAGAAAGCAUGCUCGUGACCCUGCCGUGUCGUCUGAGGUACCCGUGCUUAUCCUAGUGGUUCAGGAAGAGAAAAUGCAAAGUUUGCACUUUCAGGACAGCUCAAGGCUGGCAUGCUAUCUCCUUGCUUUGCGUUGUGCCGUUUUAAAAUGUGUAAUCGUUCCAGCCUUCCAAUGGUCUUGUGCAUAGCAGGGGACUGUAACCAAAAACAAACAUGUAUUUGUGAAAUUGGUUUGAAGAAGUCUCGAAUAGCUCUUUAGUGUCUUACUCGGGGUUGAUAAAGUUUGAGUGGUUGCAAUUUUUUACUACAUGUAGAUUCAAAGUCUUAAAUGGCUUGUUUGUUCCUAAACCUGUUAAUUGAUGAAAUGUAAGUUUACUAUGUACUAACUUAUUUUUUGCUUAUUAUAUAUAGUGUUUUAUUGGAGACUGUUCGUAACUCCAUACUGCAGCAUGAUGAAAAUCAAGAUUAGUGUUUCCAUUUAAAUAAAUGUUUUA